AUCACUUUCGCCACUGCUUGCUGGUGGAUAUGGUGAUGACGAAAUGCUAGGACUUUUAGUGGUGAGGAGCUGGAAGAUAAACGGAAGAUCAGUUGGAUCAAAGAGGCAGUUAGAGAAAUUAAUACUGCUUUUCGGAGACAGCGGAUGGUGGGCAACAUUCCCAACUCAGCCGAUUGCUCGCUUAGGUGGAAGAUGUCUCAAGAUUGUGAAUGGACCCUCAAUGUUGAUGGUAGUUGCAAAACAUUCAUCGACAAAGCAGGUAUCGGUGGUGUCCUUCGGAAUAGCAGAGGUGAGUGGAAAGGUGGUUUUACGGCCAAGGCUAGAGAAAGGAGUGCAACAUCGGUGGAAGUUAUGGCCAUCUCUGCGAGUAUUCAGUGGGCUUGGGAACAAGGAGUUCGAGAACUUGAGAUUCAAACGGACGCAGGUGAGGCUGUUAAGUGGAUUGCUGACAAUAAUUCACUUAGAGGACCUACUCGUCACAUCAUUGAUAACAUUAAGAAGUGGCAAACUAAGUAUAGAAGGAUCAAGAUAAAGAGCAUAUUCCGCGAACAAAAUUUUGCGGCUGACCACAUGGCUAGUAUUAGAGCUUUUCAGCAUGCUGAUUGGAUUGAGCAUGAAGUUCCCCCACCUGGGAUGGAGGACAUCAUUACAAGGGACAAGAUAGGCGUUACCAGAAUUCACAGAGUUACUUCUCCUGAGGAGACGAGUUAGUUCGGGGUUUCCCCCCUCCCCAUUUGAUCAAAAAAACACAUUGUGAAUCUUGUUCAGUUCACGGGUAGCUCCAACUGAUACGCUACAAGACCAACGAUACAAUAUUAUUAUAACUUAUAUCCGAAAUUCAUUAAUUGGAUAAAAAAUGACAUAUAAAGAAUGUCACAUGUCUACAUACUAUUGAUUGGAGUCUCAUUUUUAUAUAUAAAGGAUAAAGGACUAUUAUUGAG